AGGAAGACCUAAAUAGGCAGAAUGCCAGACGUCAAGCUAUGGCUCGAAAAGCCAAGUCCAACCAGCAGCGCGACCGGCUUGGGCGACAGUUAUCCAACAGUGACAACAGCUCAGCUGUGAGAAACACUGGCCGGUCUGCCGGGGGAGAACCAGCUCAAGUAGAUGUAUCCAUGAAGUUGUCUCAAAGUGGGAAGAUGGCAAAGAGCAAGCCAUCACCCGAGGCUAAGGAGAAUGAAACAACCAAUAGCAAGAAAUCUGAUCCCAAGUGUAGCCAGGGUGGGUCUGCUGGUGAACAGAUGAAUGGGGGUUCACAAGAGUCAAAGGAGGAACCAACACCCCAUGUUGCUGAUGUUAAAGAACUGAAUGAGAGUGAGGCUUUGAAUGUUGAACUUGGGAAUGUUCACAAGUUUCAGCAGCAGCAGAAGAUGAUAGAAGAAGCGAACAAACACAAGAGGGCCCUCCUAGCUAAAGCGAUCGAAGACAGGAGAAAAAAAGCCAAAGCAGAAGCAGAUAAACUAAUGAAGGUUCAGCAAGAACUGAGUCAUCUAGACUCCCUUCUGACUGCAGAUGUGAGCAUCAUCCGUGACAAGAUAGAGGUGGCCAGUCUUGAGUACAUGGAUGCUCAAAAGCGCUAUGAAAAAGCAGAGAAAGAGUUUGUGUCAGCUAAGAUGGAUUUGUUUGAAAAAGGAGAUACGAAAGAACAACUGACGGAGCACUUGUACACCAUCAUCCACCAAAACGAGGUGCGGAAGGCCAAGAAGCUUGUGGAGCUCAUGGAGAAGUUGACCAUGGAGGUCACCCCUGAAGAGAUGGAACUGACCAUUCCCUGCAUCCCUCAGUUGACCAACUUCACAGCUGUUGCAACCUUGCAUGACCCACACCGGCCAAAACGGACGUCUGUCUCUGAUGAUCAAGACCAACUGUCGAAGCUGCCUUCUGAUGGGAAAAAAGUGGAGUCUUUGGAUGCUGGAAAUAGUGAUCAUAUCAAGGAGAAAGAAUCUUCACUCCUGUCGCAAGGUGGGACUCCGGAGGUUGUGUCCCCUGUUGCAAGUCAUGCACAAGGGAACAGUGCGGAGACAGUGCCUCAAAAUACUGAGCUAGCAAAAGCUGUAAAAACACCCGUGACCUCUGAUAUUAAUAAAAGUGUUCCGCACAACACGGAUAUUAUUUCUGCACCAGUGACAAGCGCUGAUCAAGUACCCGUUGUACAAAAAGACACCUCUCAACAAAACCAAGAGCAGCAAGGGCUUCAGACGGUUCCCUCAUCGCUUCCAGCAAAUUCACCCGCUCCCCAUUUGGUCCAGCCUUCUAAUCCAACGUCUCCCUCUUUGUCAACUGCUGACAAGUCUGCCAAACUACAUAUUGACUCUUGCAAUUUGCCAGAUGCUAAUUCUGCUCAAGGCGAAAACCUUACUGUUUCGUCGUCAUCGAACAAGGUGCAAACUGAUAACAAGGUUCAAGUGACUUCUGAGAACAAUGAUCAUAUUGCUCAGAUGACUGGAGAUGGAGAAGCAAAACCAGACCAGAAUGGAAAUGUGUCCAGUCAAGAUAUUCAAAAUGUAUCUGAAACGGCCCCAUCCGCUGGAUUAUCAAAUGAAAAUUCUGGAAAGGGUUGGAAAUUGCCUUUCUCAUAAUUGUUCACUUUGUAGUAGAUUCUUGUUUCCAUAACAAUAGACAAUGGUUCAUAUUGUUUUGAGUGAGUUUCCUUGCUGGAGCUUUUGCUUGAUGGAAGAUGGUUUGAAAGUGGUUCUAUUGUUUAUGUGCUAGAAAAGCAAAUGAAGAAGUCUUGGUUGAAGCAAAUUGCAGAAGACAGCUUAUGGCGAAUAUAAGAAAGCGAC